CUCCGGGACACUUUGUACCACAAAAGACUUCAAAAAGAUUCAUUUCUGUCAUGUGUCACAGUCACUCAUCAUUUUUACAGCUACAUCUAUAUUUACAAAACUCCAAACUCCAAAGUCCAUCUGGAUGAACAAAAAUACCAUUAUUCCUCAUUAAAACAGGGUUUGAGGUGUGCAGGUCAGUACAGCUAGGAGGACAUUAAGAGUUUUUAUUAUGGUCUGAUAUAAAUAAAUAAUCUCUCCUCUCCACAACAUGCUGUAAGUAAAACUGUUGCAUUGCUGUAGAACCCCUGAUUAUUUAAGAAGAAGAAGUUAUUCUGGUAUUUUAAAAUGUGAAAUGCUGCAAAAGACUUUUCUGCCACUGGUAUCAUUGAUUUUCUUUAAAACCUCUUUAAAAAGGUUAAGAUUUCCUUUAUAGUCAAAUUUUUUGACAAUUUAAGUACGUUUUUUUAAAUAUGUAUUUUCAUGUAUUUAUUAUUAACUAUUUAGUUUCUCUCUGAUAUUUUACAGUAAAUCGAUGACUGCAGACAAUAUUGAGCAAGGAAUCAUUCAGUCACUUCUGAUUGGCCGAUCACAUCUACGCCUGGCAGUUAAAAGUACAGAUCUAACUGUCUUCUGUUGGUGAACCUCAGCCGUUUUAGAACAUGACUCUUCUGGUGUUUUCUGGCUGUGUGACAUGUCUGCUCUUGGGAACAGUGGCUCUUUCUUGGGCUCAGAAACCGUCUGCAUCUUUACAGUUUCAAUCUGUUCUUGUUGGUGAGGAAGUGACUUUAAAAUGUAAUCAUCAAGGCACUGGGGCAGAUAUAAUUUAUUGGUAUAAACAACCUCUAGGACUCAAACCACAACUCAUGUCUGAGUAUUUAGAUUUUAGGAAAAAUGGAUAUUUUAUAGAUGCUUUCAAGAACGAUCCACGACUCAAACUGGAAACAGACAAAGACAAACACCACAUAAAGAUCUCAAAUUUGAAAAUGUCAGACUCCGCCACCUACUACUGCAUCAGUUCUGAUUUUUAUGGGGUAAAACAUCUGGGGGGCUAUACUGUCCAUGUGAAGGACUCUACUUCUGACAUUCAUGCUUCAGUGGAUCAGUCGUCCUCUGAGAACAUCCAUGCUGGAGACUCUGUGACUCUGAACUGUACAGUACACACUGGGAGCUGUGAUGGAGAACAGCGAGUUUACUGGUUCAAAGACUCUGCAGACUCUCAUCCAGGACUCAUUUCCACUCAUGGAGGCAGGAAUGAUCAGUGUGGGAGAAAGAACAACACACAAACACACAGCUGUGUCUAUGAGCUGCACAUGGAGAGGCUGACUGAGUCUCAUGCUGGGAUCUACUACUGUGCUGUUGUCUCAUGUGGACACAUACUGUUUGGAAACGGGACCAAGCUGGACCUCACAGCUCCUCUGAACUCUGUGAUUCUGAACACUUUUGUUGGAUUAUUGACCAUCAUGAGCGUCCUCGUCGCCUUUCUGCUGUGGAAGAUUAAGAAGAGCAACGCCUGCACCUCCACAGAUUCACACUCUGAUCCUUUUCUGUCAAUUUGGUUUCAGGCUGAGAGCGAAGAUGCAGAAAACCUCCAUUACGCUGCUUUAAAUGUGAAAAAGUCAAAAAAAACAAGAAGACAGGAAAACGACUUAAACACAGUCUGUGUUUAUGUGAUUGUGAGACAACAGAACUGAACCUUUAGGUCAAGGAAGUUUCUUUAUUUUGUAAACAGAAUGAAAAGUAAAAGACUUUUCUUUGGGUUUUACUUAAACGGAGACAUUUAAUAUUUUGAGAGAAUGUAAUUUUGUUUGAUAGUUUGAAACAUGUUCUUAUGUUUUGUAUUUUCCUUUUCAUUUUUAUAUAUAAUCUGGGCUCCUUAACUCCAGAUGAGGUCAGAAAUCAACAAUAUGAGGCAGAAAGCAGCAGGAAGGGAUUAUAUGUUUUUUAAUGAAAAUUUAAACAUGGAAUAACCAUAAAAAAGUUUUAACUGAACAACAUGUUUGACUUAAAACACCCUCAUGCUGUAAAUUGUAUUAUUUUGUGUUU